GACCGCAGCCAGCCGGUGCUCCUGCGAGAAGAAGUGUCUCGGCUCCAGGAGGAAGUCCACCUUCUCCGGCAGAUGAAGGAGAUGUUGACGAAGGACCUGGAGGAGUCGCAGGGCGGCAAGUCCUCUGAGGUCCUCUCGGCCACCGAGCUCAGGGUCCAGCUGGCCCAGAAGGAGCAGGAGCUAGCCAGAGCCAAAGAAGCGUUGCAGGCCAUGAAAGCCGACCGGAAGCGCCUAAAGGGCGAGAAGACGGACCUGGUGAGCCAGAUGCAGCAGCUGUACGCCACGCUGGAGAGCCGCGAGGAGCAGCUCCGCGAUUUCAUCCGCAACUACGAGCAGCACCGCAAGGAGAGCGAGGACGCCGUCAAGGCUCUGGCCAAGGAGAAGGACCUGCUGGAGCGCGAGAAGUGGGAGCUGCGGCGCCAGGCCAAGGAGGCCACGGACCACGCCACGGCGCUGCGCUGCCAGCUGGACCUCAAGGACAACCGCAUGAAGGAGCUGGAGGCCGAGCUGGCCAUGGCCAAGCAGUCCUUAGCCACGCUGACCAAGGAUGUCCCCAAGCGGCAUUCACUCGCCAUGCCGGGCGAGACGGUGCUCAACGGCAACCAGGAGUGGGUGGUGCAGGCGGACCUCCCGCUGACCGCAGCCAUCCGGCAGAGCCAGCAGACACUCUACCACUCGCACCCCCCCCACCCUGCGGACCGGCAAGCUGUCAGGGUGAGCCCCUGCCACUCCCGGCAGCCCUCCGUCAUCUCCGACGCGUCUGCCGCCGAAGGCGACCGGUCAUCCACGCCAAGCGACAUCAACUCCCCUCGACACCGGACGCACUCCCUCUGCAACGGCGACAGUCCCGGCCCGGUUCAGAAGAACCUGCACAACCCUAUUGUACAGUCACUAGAGGAUCUUGAAGACCAAAAACGGAAAAAGAAGAAAGAGAAGAUGGGAUUCGGCUCCAUCUCGCGCGUCUUCGCCAGAGGGAAGCAGCGGAAGUCCCUCGACCCCGGCCUCUUUGAUGACUCGGACAGCCAGUGCAGCCCCACGCGGCAGAGCCUCAGCCUGUCGGAGGGCGAGGAGCAGGUGGACCGGCUGCAGCAGGUGGAGCUAGUCAGGACCACCCCCAUGUCCCACUGGAAGGCGGGCACCGUCCAGGCCUGGCUGGAGGUGGUCAUGGCCAUGCCCAUGUACGUCAAGGCCUGCGCGGAGAACGUGAAGAGUGGGAAGGUGCUGCUGAGUCUGAGUGACGAGGACCUGGAGCUGGGCCUGGGCGUGUGCAGCUCCCUGCACCGGCGCAAGCUGCGGCUGGCCAUCGAGGACUACCGCGACGCCGAGGCGGGCCGGAGCCUGUCCAAAGCCGCUGACCUGGACCAUCACUGGGUGGCCAAGGCCUGGCUGAAUGACAUCGGCCUGUCCCAGUACUCCCAGGCCUUCCAAAACCACCUGGUCGAUGGGCGGAUGCUGAACUCGCUGAUGAAGCGGGACCUGGAGAAGCACCUGAAUGUGUCCAAGAAGUUCCACCAGGUCAGCAUCCUGCUGGGGAUCGAGCUGCUGUACCAAGUGAACUUCAGCAGGGAGGCCCUCCAGGAGCGCCGGGCCCGCUGCGAGACGCAGAACAUAGACCCUGUGGUCUGGACCAACCAGCGAGUGCUCAAGUGGGUGCGAGAUAUCGACCUGAAGGAGUACGCAGACAACCUGACCAACAGCGGCGUCCACGGUGCCGUGCUGGUGCUGGAACCCACAUUCAAUGCCGAGGCCAUGGCCACUGCCCUGGGCAUCCCCAGCGGGAAGCACAUUCUCCGGAGACACCUGGCGGAGGAGAUGAGUGCCGUCUUCCACCCGGCCAACUCCUCAGGCAUCCGAGAGGCUGAGCGUUUCGGGACGCCACCUGGGAGGGCCUCCAGCGUCCCCCGGGCUGGGAAGGAGGAGAACAGCGGAGGCAUCAAGUACAAGGCUGGCCGGCUGCCCCUGGGGAAGAUAGGAAGGGGCUUCAGCAGCAAAGACCCCGAUUUCCACGAUGACUACGGCUCUCUUCAAAAUGAAGACUGCGGAGACGAUGAUCCCCAGGGCAGACCAGAGCAGUGCCGUCUGGAAGGCUACAACGGCCUGGAGGUCACCAACGUGUAAGGAACCGAUGCCCCACCAGACCCAACGCAGAGAGCCCAGAGAGGGAGAGCAGCAGAGGCC